CAGGAAGAAGGUUUCCUGUUUUGGAUCAGCUCCUGGUUUUGUCUAGAAGCAGUUCCGAUAAGAAGAAAAAGAAGAAGAGGAAAAGAAAUAAGAAGAGUUGGACAGUUCAGUGGUUCGGUUUCGCGGUAUCAGCACAGGUGUGUAAGGAGUUUCAUUAUGACACACUGGUUUCACCGGAAUCCUCUGAAGGCCACAGCGCCCGUCUCCUUUAACCUGUACGGGGUGGCAUCCAGUCCUGCUGCCAAUAAAAUCUGCAAUGAUUUGAGGACCACAAGGGCCAGACUUCUGGACAUGUUCACAGAUGCUACGUGCACCCCGGAGAUCAUGAAGAAAGCCACUGAUGAAUACUUCGCUCUUUUACAGGGGUUUAUUGUGUCUCUGGAUGGCACGACACAAGAGAACAAGCUGCGCUUCAUUCAGAACUUUAAGUGGACUGACACUUUGCAAGGAAACACACCCAGUUCCCAACAAGAUGCUGUGUUCGAGCUGGUGUCCAUGGGUUUUAAUGUUGCUGUUUGGCAUACCAAAUUUGCAUCAAGGUUGGCAGGAAAGGAAAACGUUACUGAAGAUGAGGCGAAAGAGGUUCAUAAGAAUCUGAAAACUGCAGCAGGAAUUUUCAAAUACCUCAAGGAAGUUCAGAUUCCACGCCUGAUCACGCCAGUGGAGAAAGGCCGAGACAUGGAGCCCAGGGUGAUUGACACCUACAUUGUGCAGAGUCAAGCAGAGGCCCAAGAAGUGACCAUCGCUCGUGCAAUCGAAUUGAAGCAUAACGCGGGCCUUAUUGCAGCUUUGGCACAAGAGACCGCAAACUACUACCAGAAGGCUGAUCAUACUCUGAACACUCUGGACCCAGAGUGCAGCAAUAAAUGGAGAAAGUACUUGCAGUUAAAGCAGCACUUUUACAUGGCUUACGCACACUGCUACUAUGGCCAGACUCUACUUGCUAGUGACAAGUGUGGCGAGGCCAUUAGAUCCCUACAAGAGGCUGAAAAAUUUUAUUUGCGUGCCGAGGCACUGUGUAAAGAGUAUCGGCAAACUAAAGGCCCAGGCAGCACCGCCAAGCCUUCUGAACAGCUCUUCUUCACGAAGCUCGGGGGUCUGAUCAAAAACACGCUGGAGAAAUGUCAAAGGGAAAAUGGCUUUAUAUACUUUCAUAAAGUGCCAAAAGAUGCACCAGUUUUGGAGUUGAAGGCAAGUUAUGGUUUGGCAGAGCCCAUCAGCUUUGAGCUUCCUCCGCUGAGCAGUCAGUGUACUCCUGAGGUUUACACCACAUUCGAUCUCACCAGAGGAGCUAAAGAUGACAAGGCAACUUCCAAACCCAAGCAGGAGGAGGAGAUUAAGCCUGUGAAGGAACCUGAUCUCAAGCCGCAGAAAGACACCGGAUGUGUGCUCUCUUGAGCAUUUCCAGGAGCUCUUGAGCAUGAGAUUGUAAUUAUGUUUAUGAUUGAUUAACCCUUAACCUAAUUAAUCAAAGCUGUUAGUGUGCGAUCUGAAAUACAGAGGUGCUCGAUAAUACUCGAGCUAACGUUAUGGAUUCCAUUUACGUAGUGUUUUUGUGUUCCACAGCAAGACAAGUGUACUACAUAGGAGAUUAUCUAAUACUGUAUUCAUAUUGAACCCCCCGAAUGAGAUCCACAAAAAUUGUUGAAAGCUCUGCACAAAAGACCAUACACUUUUUAUUUUAAUUAAAAGUAAUCGUUUCUUUCACUUUUAAGCCUGAAAACUGAACUUCUUUUUCAAUUUUAAAACAUUACCAGAUUUCAAAGUCUACUAAAACUCCUCGUUAAGGGUUGUUUCGGGGGUAUCUCUUGUAUAUUUGAUUAAAAUUAUGUUUGGGAAUGUUAUACAUGAAGGUGCAGAUGUUGCUAACCUCUGGAGCCAAUAAUGUCAGUUAAAUUGAAAUAAAUCCAUGUGCAUUUAAAAUGUAUAUGCAUAAUAAUGAAGGAUGUUAAAAUAUAUGCUGUAUAUCACAAAUAUUUGAAAAGGAAUAAAAAAAAACAUAUAUUGUUUUAACAUGAACAGUUCAUAAAAAAAAUAUGAUGUGCACAUUUAGCAGAAAUAAAAUUUGAUUAGUUUACAUUUUAUUUGGCUCAUUGAAGGUGCACAGAUUUGAGAACCUCCUCUCAGAGGAGAGUGUCUAUAGCAAACAAUUGUUUGUAAUAGCAUCAAGUUGCAAGUUUUCAACCAAUGCAGAACUCCACCUAGUGUGUUAACCCUGGGAAUAACAAUUGGAUUUAAUGGCUCAAUGCAUCAACUUACAAGCCAACGAUUAUAAACGGAAUGUUCUUGAUUAUCAUGGAUUAUAAAAUUGUACAUGACGUAUUACGUUAACAAUACAGUUGUUAUCCAAUACGCUGUGCUAAAGUGUUGUGGCUGAACACCUGAGGUGACUAGAGUCAUCCAGUAUGCGCACAGAGUUCCCAGUAAAGUGACCAGUGCAUGCAUGUAAACCCAUACGCUUAAACAGUGGUUUUGUUAAAAACCAUAAAUAAAGCUGAAGUGAAUAGUGAGCUGUAUAAUGAACUGUAGUUUGAUUUUAAUGUUAUUACAAACAUGCUAAAAUACUCAGCUUCAGACUUGCUGUCAUGUAUUUCAUGCCUUAUUCCAGUAAAAUGUUUGUCAAAUGUGUACUUUGGGAAUUGUUUUAUGAACAGUAUGCUUGUAAAUAAAUAUGAUUAAAAUAAGAGUGAAAAAUAUUCAUGCUAAAAUCAUUGUACAUUUACUAGAAAAUGAAGUUAUAAAAUAUUACAUUCAUUUUAUGAUUAAAUAAGUACC